CAGCAGCGCCACACCGGGGCUGAAGAAGGAGUGGGUGACGAGGAGCGAUCGCCACCACCAGGAAAAAACACCAGGAGCCGUAAAAUGCACGGACUACAUGGCUCCAUUUGACCGCCAGUAGGACGCCCUUUCCGCGAUUCACAGGGUCCGAUCCUGGGGGCCCGUUUGGGAGACGUCUCGAUAAAUGCGCCGGAGCUGCUCCGUCAGGCCGAGCCCUGUGCUUCUCCGCUUCAGCCAGAGUGCUGCAAAUCCAAGGAUGGCUAGCUGAGCUAACCUAGCCCGCUAACAAUUAGCCUGUCCAUUUAGCUACCCUGGCCACCGGAGCCUGAGACUGCGGGAGGAUACCUGCCCCUGAGCGCGGUGCUUUCCUCUCAGCGGGUCGUGGGGGUUGACUGUCAGUCGUCUUUCCGUGGGCUCGGUGGAUGGACAGUUUGACGGGCGCUCAUUGUCACUGCGCGGGCGUACGGCGUUGGUUUCGGGGCGGCUAGGGUUGUGCUCGGCCGGGCGACCAGCGGAGGAGGGAUUGUACAAAUGUGGCAGUGGCAGCCAGUUGUGUCCCACUGUGUCUGGGACCGAAGUCGGUAGUUUAUUCAAAUUAAAAACCCGUCAUUUUCUCACGCAGUAAAGAUAUAUAUAUAUAUAUAUAUAUAUAUAUUUCAAAAGUGUUGUUACGCUGAAAACCCAUCAACUUGACACGCUAGCUUGGUGGUAACAUUAGCAGCGUUUAGCUUACUGACUAAUAACAGCUUUUGUGGAAAGUGCGUGGAAUGAUGUGGGUAUUUGCACCGGUCUUCUGAGACGUCUGUGGACAUGCUGCAUUGCACACUGUCUGUGGUCGGUUGUCAGUCCCCGUAGCCUGAGGAUUUACACAGGACUUUGACUAAGCUGUCAAAUAUUUGACACUUGACAGCGGUUUUACCUUCAUCGAGGAAAGGCCAGAUUCUGCAGCGAGUCUCCCAAGCACCGCUCUUUGGUGUCUUAUAGAACCUGAAAACGGACUGUUGCUGCUCCGAGUGUGUUUUUUCCCCCUCAUUUCACCGGUACUUUGUGUGAGGUGUAGCCCGGCGCCCCCCCCCCCCCCCCGUCAGACGGGCUUUUUCAGCUCAUGUGGUGAUGACUUUAGACUCCAUGAUGGCUUGUUGCCUGAGUGAAGAGGCGAAGGAGUCCAAACGAAUCAACGCCGAGAUCGAGAAGCAACUCCGGCGAGACAAGAGAGACGCGAGACGGGAGCUGAAGCUGCUGCUGCUGGGUACUGGAGAGAGCGGCAAGAGCACUUUCAUCAAGCAGAUGAGAAUAAUCCAUGGGUCAGGCUACACAGACGAGGACAAGAAGGGCUUCACCAAACUGGUGUACCAGAACAUCUUCACCUCCAUGCAGGCCAUGAUCCGCGCAACCGAGACCCUUAAGAUCCCGUUCAAGUAUGAACAGAAUAAGAAUAAUGCGCUGCUGGUGCGUGACGUGGACGUGGAAAAGGUGUCAUCAUUCGAUCAGCCGUACAUCGGUGCGAUAAAGAUGCUGUGGGCCGACCCUGGCAUCCAGGAGGCCUAUGAUCGCAGGAGAGAGUACCAGCUCUCCGACUCAACCAAAUAUUACCUUAGUGAUUUAGAGCGAAUAGCAUCACCGGGGUUUGUGCCCACUCAGCAGGACGUGCUGCGGGUCCGAGUGCCCACCACUGGCAUCAUCGAGUACCCAUUUGACCUGGAGACUGUUAUCUUCAGCUAUCUAAGUGAUCUGGAUCGUAUUGCUGAACCAUUCUAUCUACCAACCCAACAAGACGUGCUUAGGGUUCGAAUCCCAACCACUGGGAUCAUAGAAUACCCUUUCGACUUGCAAAGCAUCAUUUUCAGGAUGGUGGAUGUUGGGGGUCAGAGGUCAGAGAGGAGGAAGUGGAUCCACUGCUUUGAGAAUGUCACCUCCAUCAUGUUCCUGGUGGCGCUCAGCGAGUAUGACCAGGUCCUGGUCGAGUCUGACAACGAGAAUCGUAUGGAGGAGAGUAAAGCUCUGUUCAGGACCAUCAUCACAUAUCCCUGGUUCCAAAACUCCUCAGUCAUCCUCUUCCUCAACAAGAAGGACCUGCUGGAGGAGAAGAUCAUGUACUCUCACCUGGUUGACUACUUCCCAGAGUUUGAUGGUCCUCAACGGGACGCCCAGGCAGGUCGCGAGUUCAUCUUGAAGAUGUUUGUGGACUUGAACCCAGACAGUGACAAGAUCAUCUACUCCCAUUUCACGUGCGCCACUGACACGGAGAACAUCCGCUUCGUCUUCGCAGCCGUCAAAGACACCAUCCUGCAGCUCAACCUCAAAGAGUACAACCUGGUGUGAAGGAGAAAUGGAAAGAGAAAGAGAUGGAGUGAGAGCAAGCGAGAAACCUGCAGCCCUCCCAAUACACAAUAACACACGCACAUGCUAAAACGCACUCAGACACACAUUAUCAGAGUCCACCUCUAGAAACACACUGCGGCUUAAAGAGAUGAGUAUUGCUUUAUACUUUGCUCGACCAACACUACUCUUGUUCUGUUCACGUAGCUCCUCGGUUCUGUUUAAUCAUUCUAUGAAUUGCUCCUCCGGCACAAACACACAUGAAACACACUCAAAUACAACGCUCCCUCCAUGUGUCCCUCUGUUUGGGGGGGGUAGUCGUUGGUCCACUCCGGGGCUCCUCUUGCUCCUCUUUUGGCCCCUGGCGUGGCUCACAUUUCUUUCUUUAACACUACAUUAUCAUCAGUGCUUGUGUGUAUGACGUGGGUAGAGGGCAGAGCAAGCUUUCAUGGACAAAGGGCUCUCUCCUCUUCUUCUUAUUUAACCCAUGCAUGCUAUUCACUACAGAAUGAGGGCAUGAAGGUCCGGCUGCAGACCCUGCACUCCGCUCCCCUGUCAAGGGUUACUAAUUAUGACCAUAGGAAUAUAUUAUCAGGCAGUGCUGGGGUGCAGUGAGGUACUUGGUUCCCCCGUGGGUCGUUAAUUGUGUAUUUGAAUUUUUCUAUUUGUUAACCCUGCCCUAAACCGGAGCACAGGAGCUCUGUUGAAUGUAAAUAAAGUUUUUGUGCUGCUCACACUAAUGUGAGGGGUAGACAGGGGUGACUACACGCUCUCUGCCGACUUUAAAUAUUUUCAGCUAUUUCUUGGGUAUAUUAUUGCUACUAAUGUUGAAGUUGAAGAUGGUUACACAAAGUGAACACAACCCUACAGAAAGCGUCACAUGUUCUUAUACACUGCUUGUGAAGUGUUAACGUACAUCAUGAAACAAAAGAUUGAGAAACACUUCCAAGUAUUUACACUCUGAGUUUCAACUUCCAUGUUAUUUUGUAUCGCGUUGCCAAAUUCAAACCACAUAUAUUUGUGCUGUAAAUAUGAUGACAUUGCCAGUAUCCCGUUCAUCCCUUAAAAGGUUCAGAUGCUAACAGAAACCUAUUUGGGAGCCGGCUUUGACAAAAUGAAGUGCAAAUUCUCUCAUGUCGGAUCAUUCAGUUGUUGACGGCUUAACAACUCACUUUGUGUGGCAUUUCUUUUAUGUCGGCAGUUGUCUGAAUCACACAUGUAUUAGAACUGUGAUUUCUAUUUCUUUGUUUCCUCCUCGAUGGUGAGAAUAAUCUUCCUGUGCACAACGUGUGAAUGAUGACACAUUAGUCCAGUGCAAUAGUUGGUUGUAGAUUAAAAAAAGUAAAAAGCUUUUGCGCUGCCAGUUUAGCUUCAGUCACGAGUCUCGAUCAUCUAAACAGCUCUUCUCUGUAAUCAACGCCAUUCUGCCAAAUUAUUCAGCCAACAUUUGAUGAACUGUAACCGAUAGCAAGAGAGUAGAUGGUUCUUUUUUGUAUCGUCUAAUUUAUCAAUCAGAUCUGCGUAUUGUUGACAGUAAAUGAGACUUCCUCCUUAGUUUCAGCGCAACGUUUUUGUCCAACCUUGGAGAUGGGAGGAGAUUUUAUACAGCUGUAAAAUAUCAAAACUAUUUUAUGGACAAGUGUUCUGUCUUUCUAAUGAUACUUCAUGUAUUUAGUUGUUGGAGUUCUGUUUUGAAAUGCUUGACAAUGGAAGAAAAACACUGUUUCCGUGUCGGGUUUAUGCUUUAUGCAAAUAGGAAAAUCUAAACAGACAAAAAACUUGGUGGUUGAAUAUUUACUGUUCAAGGAUGCUUGUGAUUUUAGGGAUACGUGUUGGCUCUCGGUACCAAUCCCAUAUCGUGUCUCUUGCCUGAUAGUUGUUUAAAUAUUCCAUUAAGCUGAAAGUUGAUAAAUGGCUACUUUUUGUCUUCACAAUGUAAUUCAGGUAAGUUUUCAUAACUUUUUCAUCACAAGGGCUACUACUAGCAGCUUUGGUAGAAAUGAGAAGGACUCUAUGGAAGGAGUAGAGUGAAAGAUGAAAUUAAUUAAAGGGGGGGAGGGGGUGUUGACAUCCUACUGAGGAUGAAGGCCGCAGGUUCAGUGAGGGAGGAAUGCAGCAGUCCACAGAUGCCUACGUGACAUUCCCGAGGGAAGUGUGGCGGCUGUUUUGGCUCUUUGUUUGCUAUCUCUCUCUUUUUUUCUUUUGCCUUUCAGAAGAGGACGAUGGCUAACGUCAAAGGAAGGGGGGAGGUUUCCCCGAAGGUGCAAAAGCACAUUGUUAGCAUCCUAACUGUCCUGCACCUAAACAUUUUAUUUUGCUCUUGUCACAGAUUGUGUGCUGAUCGUCUUGGCUUUACAAAAAUGUCUGUUAUGUGGUUUUGCAUAUUGGUUUGAUCUUCUCAUUGGUCGUGUUUCCGUGCUCGACUCUGGCAUCGUCUGUGUUGGACUCAGAAUAAAUGAGUCGGACUAAACAUCUUAAAAAAACAAGACUUAUCUGAAAUUGUUUGCCAAAAUGUUAUUUCAAAUUUUCUUGUAAUUUUUCCGAUAGAAAAGAUGUGUGUCUUUUCUUUUGUCCUUGAGUAAACUUUGCACCUCACGUUAACGUGCACAUUUUUGUUGAUGAUGCCUUUGUCUUUUAUAUUUAUGCCCAAGCUUUAUCUCGAGGAUUUUUAGGGUGAAGCGUCACAAACACUCGCUGACAAUUUUUGGGGGUUCAGAAAUUAGAGCUUAUGUAUUUUGAUGUAUGAAUGAAUAAACUGACAUACUUGAGGUGAGACUUAGGCUAAUUGGCUUAUGUCUAUUUAACAUUCUUAGCUGUGCUUUCUGAGAUCACACUUGAUUCCCCUGAACUGUGGUUUAACACGUUGAAAUCUGUUGUUGGAGUCCUUUCACUUUAUGCUUAUACAGAUUUAAUGUUAAACAAAUUGGAUUGAAUACGUUUCUGUGAGGAUGAAAAAAUUAAGGCGCAUUCGCAACAACUUUAUUUUUUUCACUUGCUUUCAACAUGUGAGCUUGAUGCCUGGUCUGGUUUAUUAUGGCACGGGGACGAACACGGAAAAAGUCAGAUGGCGAACACCACCAGUGAUUAGAGCCACAGCAGAGCUGGGUCAUGUAACUAAAACCUUUUGCAUUUGUGUGUACUGUAUUUGCUUUAUCUGCAUUGAAUGCAAGUUGGAGAAAAAUUUGUACGACAAUCUAGUACAAAACACUGUGCCAAGCAGAAUCAAUCAGUAACAGAAAAGAUAUCAAAAACUAAACCUAAUAACUUGACCCAGAUCUGUGGUGAAAACUUUUCUUCAUCCACUUGUGCAUUUAUAUAUAUUUCUUUUCCAAAUGAAGCUUGUGUGUUAAGCCUCAGUAUUAAUUUAUUUAUUGAAACACUUGCCAAGUGAAGGUACCGAAAUGGCCAUUAUAAUAUUUUUUUGGUGAUUACAAUAAGGAGUGAGCGAAUAUGCCGCGUGUUUACAUGUCUGCCAUUCUCCGCUCCGCUGUUUGUUUGUUUACCCCUUACUUGAUUGGACUGUGUAUUCUUUCCCUGGGUCGAAGGCACUGAAACUGCACCACUGCAAUGGGCCUGCAUUCAUGCAACUUAGACGUCCUUUCAAAACGCGCUUGUUGGUACUCUAAGGUGUGUAUGUUUGUGUGUACACUUUUUAUGGCUAUUGCUUAUGCUUGAGAUCCAUUCUGGUUAGAGGGAUGGACAUACAGUGAUAUUAAAAGCUAUCUUUGCAUAUAUAUUUUUUUUUUCUCUUUUGAAGGUUGACACACCUUAACACGUGUAUUUAGGACCACUUAAGAUGAGACUUUUUUAAGAGUUAAACUUUGUGUAGUGGUGUACAAAUUGAAAGUAAUGUAUUUUUGUUUGAUUUUUAUUUUCUUUCUCUUUUUUUUAAGUAUACCAAAUGUAAAUUAUGUACAAUGUGUGCCAAUCCCCUUUCUUUGUAAAGCCAGACUCUUAACAAGUGCCAAUGUUGUGAAAAUCAAGAGGGCCGAUGAAUUUCAUGGUCCAGUUUUUAAAACGAAUAAACACUAAGUAUGUGAUUAAGUAACUAAAAAAAGGACAAUUUUAUUCUAUAUUUAAGAUUAAUGAUGAACUGCUGUUUUUAAGAUAAAUGUCAUUUUAACUGCAUGUGUUUGCCAGGUUGGGGAGGGAGUGGGUGGGUGAGAUACUGUAUUCAUGCAACGCCCUCAUGAAAAGGGUCCUAAUGGUUAUUGAUUUACAGUAUUUUAGCCAUAUUUCUCUUUUUGUAUGUUUCAUUUCAACCACUGUUGCCUGAACCUCAUUCAGACAUGAAAAUGAUUUUCAUAGCCUUCUCCUUUAAAUGUUUUAAAUUGGAAUAAAAUAUGUUCCUAUACUCUC